AUGGGUGUAAACGGUCACGGCGAGUUGGACUGGAAGCAGCAAUCUCUGGGACGGCUCGUCGUUCGUCGGCAUCGUCGCUCAAGGGUUCUCUCUCGUGCCAUCGGAGAGCAGUCAGAAGUUGUAGGAGCCAUUGUUUCAAGGUUUGAGAGCGCCUUUCUCUCGGUAGCUCGUGGUGCUUGGCUCCCGACUAUUCUUUGUAAGGUCUAA